AUGACGCAAGAGUUGUCAUCACCAACGAUGACUGAAAGAGAAAACACAUCCGAGCAUUCACCCGUAUUUGGAAAGAAAACUAACAGCGAACGGCUGCAGCAGUCCACAAAUAUGUCCCAGUUUAUGAUAGAUCUCUAUGAAUGGCUCCAUCCGGGAACCGUUGAAAAGAUUGAUAUCGCUUGUGCAGACACAAAUUGGAAUGGUUACCUCAAUGUAACCAAUAUUCCAUUGGGUCUAACUUAUCUUUUAACUGGAAUCACCUAUGAAGCUCUCUAUUUGCCGUGUAUGAUCAUCAUGGCUCGGCCAAAGUUUUUUGGGAUGACUUGUUACAAAAUCUUGUUUGCAAUGGGAAUUGUAGAUAUGGUGAGCGUUGUGCCAAAUUCGAUUUUUGCCGGCUACUAUCUGCUUGUCGGUGGAUCAAUGUGCAACUAUAUGGCCUCAAAUAUGUGGGGAGGACACAUUGCAUACGCAAUGUGGUGUGCUUAUUGUCUUUUCGGCAUCAUUCUUGGACUCAAUCGAUGUCUCGACUUUCUUGCUCCAUCACUUGGAGAAGAUCUCUUUUCUGGCCGGCGUCUUGGUGCGAUUAUUUCUCUUCCAUUUCUCUUUUUCACCGGUGUUCUCGUCUUCGAUUAUGGUCCAUUUUUCCAUCCUUAUUUAGCCGCUUAUUUCUUCGAUGUGAAUCCAUUCCAACCAAAAGAGAAACGACCAGUUCAUAUGCUCAAUAAUUUUGGUGUAACGGUGAUCGUUCUUGUUUUAAAUUGCAUCAUGCUGUGGUCGAUGAUACAGAUGACACGCAGAACAACACAAGGCGUAUCCACGCUACAGAAAGUGAUUGUUCUUCAAUGUCUUGCUAUCUGCACAAUUAUGAUCAUUGCUUCUGGUAUCUAUGCUACAAUGCAACUGAUCACUCUUCCAAUAAUCUUCACUGUUAUUUCAACGAUGAUGUGGCAAUUCUCGAACGGAUCAAAUGCAAUUUUCUACUUGCUUGUGAAUCGUUCAAUGAGACGUGAGGUGAUCAAUCUGAUCAAAUGGACGCUUUGCAUGAAAAUUGAGGAACAGGGAUCACUGGGAAAGAGCUCGAUGUCAAAACAACACAUAAUUGGAAAUGAGAAAAGAUCAGUGACAAAAACCGAAGACUCACGCACCGAAUUGUUGACACCACCGGAGAAGAAAGAUAUCGAUUUCAUCUUG